AUGCAUUCUCCUCUGCCUUCCUCCGGUCAGGCUAGCAUGUCAGGUCCACUCCCGUUUUCUGGUAACCAACCCCAACCAAUAGGGCCAGUUCCCACUAUGAGGCCACCACCAUUUGCCCAAACCAUGUCUGGUCUCCUUCCAAGACUGUCUGACCAGUCAUUAACCCCUACAGGGAGGUCAGGACCUUCUGCACGUCCAGUAGCGUCAGUAGGUCCAAGCAAUAUGGGGCAAUUACCCCCACCAAUUGUUCCUUCCUUGGGACCUCGACCUUUAACUCUUCAGCCAGGCAAUGGCGCUAUGGCACUCCCUUCAACUAUAUCAGCAGCCAAUAUGGUGUCUCCUGCAACCUUUCCAUCUGGGUUAUCGAACCCCCAGUUGUCUGGUGCUCCUUUGAAUCAUCCUGCAGCUCCGGUUUUUAUUCCUGGUCCGUCCUCGAUAGGGCCUUCCCAUAAUCAUUCAGCUCCUUUGCACCAAAUACCACUCUCAGUUCCCAGGCCUGCUACUAAUAUGGGCCAUUCUUCUCUAAAUCCAUCUGCCAAUUCUGUAACAGGAUUGAAUCCAGUGCCUUCCAGAUCACAACCAUCACCUUUGCAUGCAAGUUCUAAUUCUGUUUAUGGAACUAUGACAAAUUUCACUUCUGUAAAUCCAUCGCCAGCAGCAGCAGCAGCUCAGCCACUCCCAAAUUCUGUGGAUUUCACAUUUCAAACUCAGCAGACCCAGAAUGUAGCCUCUCAAAUGGCUCCAAGGCCAAGCAUUCAGCCAGCAUCUCCAAUUGCUCCACCCUCUCGGCCAAUGGUGCAGGCUCCAGCACAUCAGGCACCAUCUAUCGGGAUGCCCAUGCCCAGUGCAACUUCUCAAACCGCCAUUCCUGUCUUCCCAAGGCCGCAGCUUAGCAACCAGAUGGGUCAGCCGCGACAUCAAUUAUCUUCCACUCCAUAUGCCAGUAAUCCAGCUGUCAUGUCAAUUCCGCCCAGAUUCCCUGCUUAUCAAAAUGCAGGUCCUCCGCUAGGAAAUCCUGUGUCAUUACUGGGACCCAGGAAUUACGGUUCAGCUCCCCAAAUGCUCAACAUUCCUGCUCCUUUCCCUCCCAGGCAAGGAAAUCAAAUGCAGUCCCAGCAAAACUAUCUUCCAAAUCCCCGUCUGCAAAACCCGGUGAAUCAGAAUCAACAUUUCCCGGGGAAGCAGGUACCCACUCAUCCCGGUGGACAGCAAAUUUACGACCCGUUCUCGCCCACUUCUACACCGGUUGUCCCUAUCCAGCAACAAGGAGGUAAUCUGUCAAAUGCGAGAAAGCAGGAAAAUGAUCCAGAGUACGAAGAUCUGAUGGCUGCAGUUGGAGUGAAGUGA